AUGGCAUCAAAUAAAUAUUAUGGAUCACCAAUUCCACCUCCAAACUACCAGAGACGACCACAACCAAAUUACUACCAAGGAGUACAUCCAAUACCUGCAACAUAUCCACCAAAAGGAGGAAUGGUACUGCCUCCUUCGCCAAGUAUGCUAAAUGAGCAGUUUAUUACACCUCAAGGUAUUCAGGUAACUUUCAACCCAGAGACAGGUCAAUAUAAAGCAUAUGAACAAAAAACAUUUAUAAAUGCACCGCUCUCCGCUCAUGAAAUAGCAAUUGGAAAGCAUCAAGGUCCACCGACACAACCUCAGUUUCUGCCAAAGAAUAUGCAAGCUCAACCAUAUGGUCCACCACCACAAGGAAUGUAUCAACAACCUCAACAAAGACCUCCCCAACAAAGACCAGGAAUGCAAGCUCCACCUCCACCACCACAACCACAACAAUUCCAACAAAGACCGGGAAUGCAAGCUCCACCUCCACCACCACAAUCACAACAAGGAAUGUAUCGACAACCUCAGCAGAGACCACCUCAACAGCAGAUGCCAUAUCCACAAAGUGUACCACUUCCUCCUCCACAAAGACAACAACAACAACAACAACAACAACCACAACAAAUGCCUUCGUAUAUGCAAAGAUUCCAAAGUCAAAAGUUUGUUGCAGAUCCUAAUAGCAAUAGAGGACCACCACCUCCACCACAACUAAAUGGAUAUAACAUGGCACAAGCACCUAUGCAACAACAACAGAAAACAACGGCUAUUCCCCAACAACCACCAAUGAAUGCAAAUCCAAAUGUAUAUAAUGUAAAUAAACCACCAAGUAUCCAAACAGAGGCACAACCAACAGCUGUUACAGAUCAAGAACCAUUCGCCUUACCACCACUUAAAUCAAGUGCAGUACCACCAAAAACGAAUGAAGUACCAAAACUAGAGGAAAUACCAUCAAGUUCUGCAUCCUCGAAAGUUCCACCACCUACACCUACCAUCUAA